UUUUUUUUCCACUUUCUCUCUGCACCUUUAAGAAUAUUAUUUGUAUAAAUAAAAUUAAUUUGGACAUGGGUUCUUGAUUUUGAUCAACUUCAUUGAACCAUUAUAGUGAAGGUUUUUGUUUUUUGAUGGAAGUACCAGUAGGGUUCUUGGCUAAGCUUUGGAGCUUUAUAUCUUUUCUUCCUUUCUUCUUCUUGCUCUUCCUUCUUGGUCUUCUCAAAGGAUUAGUAAUUGGCCCCGUUGUGACUGUCCUCAUAUCAGUUGGGAAUUCAGCAGUUGUAAUUGGGCUAUGGCCUGCACAUUUAAUCUGGACUUACUAUUGUGUAGCAAAAACCAAGAGACUUGGAUGGGUUUUGAAGAUUGCAUUACUGGUUUCAUUGCCAGUUCCUCUGAUUCUUUGGCCCAUAGUAGCCAAUAUUGGGAGUCUUCUAGGUGGGAUAGGGUACGGUUUUUUCGCUCCUUUGAUAGCAACUUUCGAGGCUAUUGGAGAGAGUAUCACUUGCAAGAUCUAUCACUGCUUCACGGAUGGUUGUAUUUCCACUCUUAAAAGGAGCUGCACGGUAGUUCGAGACUUUACAGACUUUUGCUUCCACUCUUAUUUUUCUUAUAUGGACGAGCUUUCUGAGGAAAUAUACCCAGAUGAGAAACCAAUAGAAGUGAAGUUGUCAAAGCUGCCAAGUUGCAUUUUGGUUUCUCUGCUUGCGAUUCCAGUGGAUGUCCCUCUUAUUACAGCUCUUGCUCUUUGGAAGAGCCCAUUCAUGCUGUUCAGGGGCUGGAAGAGGCUACUAGAAGACUUAAUUGGAAGAGAAGGCCCAUUUCUGGAGACGGUUUGUGUACCUUUUGCUGGCCUUGCAAUCUUUUUGUGGCCUUUAGCUGUUGUUGGAUCCGUGGUAGCGUCCUUCUUUUCAAGUUUUGCUCUUGCACUUUACAGCGGGGUUGUGGUUCAUCAGGAAGACUCAUUUCGCAUGGGACUUGCAUACAUCCUAGCAGCCAUUUCCAUAUUUGACGAAUACACAAACGACCUACUUGACAUGAGGGAAGGGUCAUGCUUCAUGAGGCCUAAAUAUAGAAGAAAUAUGAUCUCCUCGGGUGGCCUUGACAGUAAGAAGUUAAUUGAGCAGAGGAAGGAAAAAGAAAAAGAAGGAUCACACAGUUUGAAGCUUGUUUCGCAUGGAUCACGAACGCUGAAACAGGCAAUCCAACAAUAUACGCCCAUGCAGGUAUGGGGUUGGCUCUUUAAAUCCUGUGAGGUCAAUGGCAGAAUACUCCUGCGUGAAGGCUUUAUAGAUGUCAAAGAUAUUGAGGAAUGUAUUGUCAAGGGGGACUGUAAGAAGUUAGGUAUCAAAUUGCCUGCUUGGUCCAUUCUACAGUGUCUGCUUGCAUCCGCACAGUCCGACUCUCUGGGCCUACUAAUUUCUGAUGAAGUGGAACUGACAAAGUCUAACUGGCCAAAGGAUAAAGUGUUUGAGUGGUUCCUUGCGCCUCUCUUAGUCAUUAAGGAGCAAAUAAAAACACUACAAUUAGGAGAAGAUGAGGAAAUUAGUCUGAGGAAGUUGAUAAUGUGUUACAAAAAUGAAAGGCCAGAGGAAUGGGACAACACCGGUUUUCCAUCCACCGAUACUGUGAGGAGAGCACAGUUGCAAGCUGUUAUUAGGAGGUUGCAGGGCAUUGUUGGUUCAUUUUCUCGGGUACCAACAUUCAGAAGACGCUUCAAGAAUUUGGUGAAGGUGUUGUAUUUGGAAGCAAUCCAGACUGGUCUUAUUGCCGAAACUGAUGGUGGAAGCUCAAAAGCUGGAAAUAGAAAUAGGCAUCAAUGUGCAAAGGGGGAUAAGAACAAUACAGAUGAUGACGGAGAGCAAAACGAGCAAAGCAGCCGAGAUGGUGAUAGUAUUGUGUGACCAUUCCUGUUGGUAAGAUCAUGUAAUCUCUGUAGUACUUAGGCAGGUAUUAGCCGAGAAUCGAGAUGGUGAUAGUAUCGCGUACAUUUUCGAUAUUGAAUGAGCUACCUUUUGUUUUAGCUUCUAUAUUUUCUGGUGUAGGAACCAUAGUAAAUGCAGUUUGGCUCUGUGGAGUUGAUUUCAUUUAC